ACUUUCUCUUUUUCUUUUUCUUCAUUUUAUUCCCUUCCUUUAUUUAUAUUUUUUUUACCAAACACAGUGUUAGUGCUUCGAAGCUUUUAUCGUAGAUCGGUUCACAGCGGAUCCUCAACCGGUGGGAAAAUGGGCAAAGCAAAGACAGAAAUGGCGGGAAGGAAAACCCUAAUCUAUAAUUAAAGAAACCGAAAUUUCCCCUCUCAAAAUUCCUUCUGUACUCUGCCAAUAGAAAUAAAUUGAAAAUCUAAUUUAUUGAAUUGAAAAAAAAAAAAAAACUCAGAAAACUUGUUAGUUUGAUUAAUUUGGGUCAAGAUGGGUAAGAGAAAGAAAUUUAGGGUUUCACGUGAUGAAGAAGAGGAAGAAGAAGUGGUGCAAGAAGAAGGGGAAAAUCACUCUUCUUCAUAUGAAAGGAGCUUAUAUGAGGUUCUUGGUGUUGAAAAGACGGCAUCUCAGCAAGAGAUUAAGAAAGCAUAUUAUAAGUUGGCCCUCAGAUUUCAUCCUGAUAAAAAUCCUGGUGAUGUGGAAGCUAAAGAGAAAUUUCAGCAAUUGCAAAAGGUGAUAUCCAUUCUUGGUGAUGAGGAGAAAAGGGCAAUCUAUGACCAAACUGGUUGUGUUGAUGAUGCUGACCUGGCUGGGGAUGUUGUUGCGAAUUUGAAAAACUUUUUCAGGGCUAUGUACAAAAAGGUCACUGAGGCUGACAUUGAAGAGUUUGAAGCAAACUAUAGGGGAUCUGAUUCAGAGAAGAAAGAUUUGAUUGAUCUUUAUAAGGAUUUCAAGGGCAAUAUGAAUAAGCUCUUCUGUUCAAUGCUUUGUUCAGAUCCUAAGCUUGAUUCACACCGUUUCAAGGAUAUGCUUGAUGAGGCAAUAGCUGCUGGAGAAUUGAAAGGAACCAAAGUCUACCGGAAAUGGGCAAAGAAAGUAUCUCAAAUGAAGCCACCUACCAGUCCCUUGAGGAGGAAAGGGAACAGAUCAAUUAAACAGUCAGAAUCAGAUCUAUUCGCAAGUAUAUCUCAGCGCCGAAGUGAGAGGAAAGACCGGUUUGACUCCAUGUUUUCAUCACUGGUGUCCAAAUAUGGGGGUAACGCAGAUGCUGAACCCACUGAAGAAGAAUUUGAAGCUGCACGGAGGAAAGUUGAAAGCCGAAAGGCUUCCAACAAAUCAAAGCGGAAGUGACAUUAGGUCUUAUUCUAGGAUUGUUCCUGUAAAAAGUUGGAUUUAGUGAGAAUUAUGCUAUAUGCAACUUUGUCUUAAUUGCUUUAUCUGCUCCAAGAAACAUGCAAUGUUGCUUUUGUCUCGAGUUAUCUACUUUUUGAUGAAAGAUUUUGGAGGCAGUUCUAUUUUGCCUACUCUGACUACA